CGCUCAUAGGGACGGCCGUUUACCAAGCAUUAAUCAUGAAGUACUAGUAGUACUAGCAGUAUUUAAUUUCUCGGAGAUGAAACAGAAUUUGUACAGGUGGCAAUUGUGAAGAGGGCGUUGGGAUUGUCAGUCUGCAGUUCGUACUCUGUCUCAAGCUCCAAGAUCGAGACAAACCAAGAACCAUCCCAAUUCCAAAAACCCUAACUAACUUCAAAUUCUAGAUCUACACUCCCAUGGCGUCCUCCAAGCUCAUGUCUUCUUCCAAUUCAAUCAACUCCGACACACCUUCGUCUCCAUCUUCCAAACCUCAUUUCACCACAUCCAAUUUCCUCUCCGUUCCCGACACUUCCAACUUCUUCACGGAUCAAACCUCACUGGCUGACGCGGUAGCAACUCCGAGAACGGUUGACGAUGUUUGGAGAGAUAUUGUCGCCGGAGAUCACAGGGAGUGUAAGGAGGAGAUUCCGGACGAGAUGAUGACGCUUGAGGAUUUUCUCGUGAAAGCCGGUGCGGUUGACGGUGAAGACGUGGAUGGUGAUGUUAAGAUGAGUAUACCUAUGACGGAGAAUCUCAGUGGGAGUGGUGUGUUUUCUUUGGAUGCGAGUUUUCAAGGAAUUGAGAGUGUGGAAGGGUCUGUGGCAGGGUUUGGGAAUGGAGUAGAGGUGGUUGAAGGUGGGAAGGGUAAGAGAGGACGCCCGGUUAUGGAGCAGUUGGACAAGGCUGCUCAGCAGAGACAAAGAAGAAUGAUAAAAAAUAGAGAAUCUGCUGCAAGGUCUAGGGAACGCAAGCAGGCUUACCAAGUGGAAUUGGAGUCUUUGGCUGUGAAACUAGAGGAGGAAAAUGACAGGUUGAUCAAGGAAAAGGCUGAAAGGAAAAAGGAAAGGUUCAAACAGCUUAUGGAAAACGUGAUUCCUGUUGCAGAGCAGCGAAGGCCACCAAGGCUACUCCGUAGGGUUCGAUCGUUGCAAUGGUAGAUCAUACUUGCUAGUGGUGCAGGAUGUGAAAGCUGAAGAUUGUGGGAAAUAAUAAAAGGGGCAAAUUAAUCAUUAUUUAUUAAGUUAUAAUGGUUAGUUUCAACAUUAACAUGGUUAAUGAUAAAAGGAGAUAGAAGGAAUCAAAACCUGAAUGGCGAUUAACAUAAGAAUCAGCUUUUGUUUAUUCUGAGAUAAAAGCAGAAUUAUCAGGUGGAUCAUGUAGUUUAGAUAGAAAAUAGGCAUCCCGGUCUCACCCCUGUACUGAAUGUCAAAGGUAAUGCUAGUAGAGAGCAAGGGGAUUGUAGACGAGUAUAUAAUGUAGGCAUGGUUUAGAAAUGAGAUUAUUUAGGAAAAAUAUUAUUUAUAGAAAUUAUUCAUGUGAUCAGCGUCAUUCGGUCUUGAAACUUCUGUGCUUGUGAAGAUAACUUAUUAACAUGGAGACGAGUUGAAAUUUAGCUUAAUUUUACCAA